AGUAUCGCUUGGCGGACUCCACUCCGAUUCGUACUCGGAAUCGGCAUUGGCAUCGGCAUCGCCAGUCUGGGGGUAUGGUAUCGCGUUUUGGCACAACGCAUCAUUCGGCCCGCGAUUCGCCCAUGCAGAUACUGUAUCUGCGGGCUGCAGCUACCCAGAUACAAGGCACUGAAGUACAAAAAUCCAAAAUCCCGAUAUACAUACACCUCGCUCGUCGUGCUCCACUUGUGCCCAUUGUUGCCCUGCUGUCACCGUAACUCACAAUUGAAUUGUUCCUUUGUUCUGCUGCUGCUGUUGCUGUUUCUGCUGUUACUGCCCGUCGUCCACAAAAAGAGGCCCGCUCCCGAAUUUCGCAUAAUUGGCUGGCAAAGCCAAAGCCGCUGGCUUUCAAGUUGGCCGCCAGACCAAGUGUCGCCGGAAAAAGAUACAGAUACUACUACUACUUGGAACUUGGUGCGGAAAAGCCAAGCCGACCAUGCUGGUGCCGCCGGACAUGAUGGCCGCCCAGACGCGCAUGGUCUACCAGAUGAAUCGAUUCUGCGCGGAGCGGGUUCAGGCCAGGAUGUUCAGGACGGCCACCGCCAUCCGCGAGAUCUGCAAGAUCGUCCAGGACAUCCUCAAGGAGGUGGAGCUGCAGGAGCCGCGAUUCAUCUCCAGCCUCGUCGAGUGCAAUGGCAGGUUCGAGGGUGUAGAGGUCGUAUCGCCGAAUGAAUUCGAGAUAGUCCUGUAUCUGAAUCAAAUGGGCGUCUUCAACUUUGUGGAUGAUGGAACUCUGCCAGGAUGUGCGGUUUUAAAGCUGAGCGAUGGUCGAAAGAGGUCCAUGUCCCUGUGGGUGGAGUUCAUCACGGCCAGUGGGUAUCUGUCCUCCCGGAAGAUCCGUGCCCGUUUCCAAACGCUGGUGGCACAGGCCUGCGACAAGAGUGUCUAUCGCGACAUGGUCAAGAUGGUGGGCGACACCAGCGAGGUGAAGUUGAGGAUUCGGGAGCGCUUUGUGGUCCAGAUCACGCCCGCCUUUAAGUGCUCCGGCAUCUGGCCAAGAUCGGCGGCCCACUGGCCGGUGCCCCACCUCCCGUGGCCACAUCCCAAUAUCGUGGCGGAGGUCAAGACGGAGGGAUUCGACCUUUUGUCCAAGGAGAGCGUCGUCAUGCAGAACAAGAACAACAAUGCCGCCAGCAUGGAGGGCGAUGCCUGGGUCCUCAGUUUCUUCGAGGCCGAAAACCGUCUUCUACAAGGUGGCUGUCGCCGGCGUUGUUUGAGCAUGCUGAAGACACUUAGGGAUAGGCAUAUGGAGCUACCAGGCAAUCCCAUCAGUGCGUACCACCUGAAGAACCUGCUGCUCUACGAAUGCGAGAAACAUCCGCGGGACUUCGAGUGGGACGAGAGUUGCAUUGCCGACCGGAUCAAUGGGAUCUUCCUGCAGCUGAUAUCCUGCCUGCAGUACCGUCGAUGUCCCCACUAUUUCCUGCCGGGAUUGGACAUGUUCAAGGGCAAAUCCCCCAGUGCUUUGGAGCAGGCUGCUAAGCAGGUGUGGCGAUUAACCCGAGAACUUCUCACAAAUGCCAACGCCUUUGAGAAGUUGUAAGGGGUGGUGGGUCAAGGGUCACGAUGGAUCAGUAUAGAGAUGGGUCGAUAGGUAAAACAUGCGAGUUUAUAAUUGUUUGAUUGCGAAUUUGAAUAGUCAUGUUUUAACAAAAUUAAAAGAGGGAUUGACUAUGACUUUUAUUAUCUUCAUUUUAUGUAACUUUUUUCCUAUUAAAACCAUAUUUUGUAAAUGAUUUUUAUGGUACUUAAACUACUUAUCAUUUUUAAAAAAGCUUGUAUUUCAUUUUCUUUAUUUAAUAUUUUUUUAAAUAUUAUUAACGUUAGAUAUUGUUAUAUAUUUUCAUUAAUUUCAUAAUUCUAGGCGGAAAGAGUGUUACAAUUUCUUAAAACUAAGUGUUCUCUGGUAAAAUUUUUAAAGUACUACAAUGAACAUAGUUCACAGAAGGAGACUUUCCCCCAGCAUUUUAUUAUCCAGAGUUUUUCGCAGUCUUCCAAAUAUCGACCCAUCCAAAAGUGGGGUGCUGGGUCCGCCGGAGAUGGAAGAUAUAUGUGCGAAUAUAUAUAUAUAGCUCCUUGGCGGCCAUUUUGUGCCAUGUCCGUGUGCCUGUGUUUGUCUGAGUGAGCGCAAUGGUAGUGGUAAUGGUGAUGUGUGUGCGUGUGCGAAAGUGUUAAUGCGGAGAUGCGAGAUAAGUCCACUCCCCAUUCGACUCGACUCGACUCUACUGGAUUCGAGAUAUAUAUCUGCCCAUCCAGGCGUUCCGGCUAAGCCUCAAAUAUUGUUUUUAAUAACUCGCCCCUCGACGCUCACGACGCAUCCUUUGUUUGCCCGGCGAACAAUGGAUUCGCCAGUUUCCAAGUCCCGGAUGGAAAAAAAAAUCAAAAAAACAAACAAAAAAAAAGAGCAUUUGUCCAGGCGGCUCCUUUUACACGGGGGCACUCAACGUAUACGAUUGUUUCACAGUUCGCAGAUCCUAGAUCAAAGCAAUAUGAAACACAAAAAAAUAUAUGGCAAAAAGGAGGAAAUCCAGAUAGAGAGAUUCCAUUGAUCGUUCCAAGUCCAACUUUACAUUGUUUUUACUACUUAUAUACACAUAUGUCGAUGUCUAUUAUGCGAUGCCUAACAUUUACCACGAUUAUCCACAGUUUGUUUUAAGUACAACAUAAUCCUAGAUUGCUUAAGUAAAAAAAAAGAAAUGCUUGAAUAAAUUCAAGAUUAGCCAAAGGCAA